UUUUAAGUGUGCCAGGCCUGGACACGUCACUCAUGUCUGGAACCUCGUGUUGAAUAGAUCAGUAACUUACAUGUGUCUGGAAUUACAGCCUGCCUUAUAUCCUACCUGUUUAUUGUUAUUAUCAGGUAUUAGCAAUUGAGGACGACACUUCUGCUGUCUGAAGAUGGAGAACAACAUAACUACUAUAUCUCGUGAAGAGCUUGAAGAGCUACGAGAAGCAUUUGGCAAAAUAGAUAUUGACAACAGUGGGUAUGUCAGUGAUUACGAACUUCAAGACCUGUUUAAAGAAGCAAGUCUGCCCUUGCCUGGUUACAAAGUCCGGGAGAUUGUAGAAAAAAUCAUUUUAGUGACAGAUAGCAACAAGGAUGGGAAAAUCAACUUUGAAGAAUUUGUCUCUAUAAUUCAGGAAUUGAAAAGUAAAGAUGUUAGCAAAUCUUUCCGAAAAUCAAUAAACAAAAAGCAAGGUAUUACAGCAAUUGGAGGAACAUCAGCAAUAUCUAGUGAGGGGACACAGCACUCUUAUUCAGAGGAAGAAAAAGUUGCUUUUGUUAAUUGGAUAAAUAAAGCUCUACAAGAUGACCCAGACUGUAAGCACCUCCUACCCAUGAACCCAUCAGAUGCCAGUCUGUUUAAAUCCCUUGCAGAUGGCAUCCUUCUUUGCAAAAUGAUCAACUUUUCACAACCGGAUACAAUUGAUGAAAGGGCUAUUAAUAAGAAAAAACUCACUCCUUUCACUAUUUCUGAAAACCUAAACCUGGCUCUGAACUCAGCAUCUGCCAUUGGCUGCACGGUUGUCAAUAUCGGAUCACAAGAUUUGCAAGAAGGAAAACCACACUUGGUAUUAGGACUCUUGUGGCAGAUCAUUAAAGUUGGCCUUUUUGCUGAUAUUGAGAUCUCCAGAAAUGAAGCUCUUAUUGCCUUGCUAAAUGAAGGGGAAGAGCUGGAUCAGUUAAUGAAGCUUUCCCCAGAAGAUCUCUUGCUACGCUGGGUGAAUUACCAUCUGGCCAAUGCAGGGUGGCAGAAAAUCAGUAACUUCAGCCAAGACAUUAAGGACUCAAGAGCAUACUACCAUCUGUUAAAUCAGAUUGCACCCAAAGGAGAUGACCUUGAACAAUUGCCUAUUAAAAUUGACUUUACAGGAUUUCAUGAUAAAAAUGACUUGAGGAGGGCUGAAUACAUGCUCCAACAGGCAGAUAAAUUGGGCUGCAGACAGUUUGUAACUCCAGCUGAUGUGGUUGCAGGAAACCCUAAGCUCAAUUUGGCUUUUGUUGCAAAUCUCUUUAACACAUAUCCAGCCCUGCACAAGCCUGACAAUUCAUCUUAUGAUCUCAAUUUAUUAGAAGGAGAAAGUAAGGAAGAAAGGACUUUCAGAAACUGGAUGAAUUCACUGGGUGUAAGCCCAUAUGUUAAUCAUUUAUACAGUGACCUGUGUGAUGCUUUAAUCAUCUUCCAACUGUACGACAUGACGCGUGUUCCGGUUGACUGGAGCCACGUCAACAAACCCCCUUACUCACUACUCGGUGGCAACAUGAAAAAGAUUGAGAAUUGCAAUUAUGCAGUAGAACUUGGGAAGACAAAAGCCAAAUUCUCACUGGUUGGUAUUGCUGGACACGAUCUAAAUGAGGGUAAUCCAACUCUGACUUUGGCUUUGGUAUGGCAGCUGAUGAGGAGGUAUACUUUGAAUGUACUAUCUGACCUUGGAGAGGGCGAAAAAGUAAAUGAUGAAAUUAUUAUUAAGUGGGUGAAUCAGACACUUGCAAAAGCAAAUAAGAAAACUUCAAUUAUAAGUUUCAAGGACAGAUCAAUUAGCACUAGCUUACCUGUCCUAGAUUUAAUAGAUGCCAUUGCACCAAAAGCAGUUCGUCCAGAAAUGGUCAAGAGAGAAGACCUUUCUGACCAAGACAAAUUGAACAAUGCCAAGUAUGCCAUUUCAGUUGCUCGAAAAAUUGGUGCUCGUAUUUAUGCUCUCCCAGAUGAUCUGGUUGAAGUGAAGCCAAAAAUGGUGAUGACAGUGUUUGCAUGUUUGAUGGGAAGAGGACUGAACAGAAUAAAAUAAUACAGACAUGAAAUAUAACUUUCUGCCAUGUUAAGCACAAUGAAUGCCUCACAGUUUACAGAGUUCUGAAACUUAGUAUGAGAAAAAUUGUAUGCACAAAUAUCAAUUAUCUUUUAAUAAUGUGUUUAUAUUAGUUCAUUUUCUUCAGUUUCAUAACACGUGAAUUAUUUAUGGCUAAUACAGUUUUCAGAACAUGUUCAUUAACAAAUCAGUAUCACAGAUUUGUAUUGCUUGGAAAAACCCAUAUGAAUCAAGCUUCAUUUGUAUUAGUUUCCAUAGCACUGUAAGAGCCUGCAUUAUUUUAUAUAUGUUGUUUCAGGACCAGUUAUGAAACACUGUUUGAUUUUUGUGGGUGUUACUUAUAUGUAGUCAUACAAGUCUCAAGGUGCAUUCCAAUCCUGUUGGAUUGGACUCCAAACUGCACAGAAGUUAUCAUCCUUGCCUUAUUCUUGGAGAGCUUAACUCUUGUUGGAGCCAGUGAGAGUCUUGCCAUUGACAUCAGAGCAAGUAAAGGCCUAUGAUAAUGUCUGGUAACUAAUGAAUAUUGAUUAAACUGAUGAAACUUUUUUGUGGGAAUUAUUUUAAAUAUAUGUAGUAGUUUUGUUCUGUUACUUAGCAGAAACUUUUACAAACCAUGUUGUAUGAAAAAAACAGCAAUAUAAAGCAGAAAUGUCCUGUCAUUAUUAGGUCUGCAUAUGUGCUAAGUUUUGCGGUUGGACUAAACAGCUGUUGAUUGAGUUUUUUUUAAUCUUUUCAUAAAAUAUUGUAUUAAGAAAACAAUAAAGAGCUGGCUAGUCCACUAUGGAAUUUCUUAUUACGGUAUUGUAUUUCCUUAUAUAUCAUUCCUUUGAUUUUUCUAAAGUGUGUAUCAUGUGUGCAGAGGUUUUGUGUAGAAAGACUGGUGCAUUAUCUGGAUGAGAUGAAAUAUGUCUUUUUCUCUUGGUAAUUUUAAAGUAACUAUUUGUACUUCUUUUUCAUCAGCUGUAAAUUUUCACUUAUCAAGCUGGAGCUGGACAUUUAAUAAAGUUGUUACCAAAAGCCAAACAAUAAGAAAACUAAAUCAAAAUUAAAGAUAUUAUUUUUUUAAGUAUGAAGCUUCUACUUUCUCUCAGGUCCUGAAGCCAGUCCUAAGUGUGGCAGAACAGGAGAAUCCUGAUGAGCAAGCAGUUGGACUAAGUUUUACAUCUUCACUAUCUUGCACACAAUAAUAGCAAUACUAA